AUGCCAGAGCCUGAAGAUCGAAUUGAUGAUCUUCUGCAGCGAUUUUGGGAAUUAGAAUCCUGUCCUUUGGAAAGCUCGAAAUUCACCAAAGAAGAAACGGAAUGCGAGGACCAUUUCCAUAAUACCUUCGUUCGACUACCCACUGGUGAAUACGAAGUUCAGCUACCGAAAACUGGAAAAAUCGAUGGACUUGGAGAGUCAUACCAACAAGCAUUUCGCCGUUUUCUCAACUUGGAGCGAAAACUGGAACGCCAUCCUGAUGUCAAGGAACAAUACUCUAACUUCAUAAAGGAGUAUCUGGAACUCAAUCAUAUGUCGCUUGUCCCGCCAGAUGAUAGAAAGCACUGCAGAUUUUUUCCUCCGCAUCAUUGCGUCUUUAAGGAAGAUAGCACGACCACCAAGCUACGUGUCGUAUUUGAUGGAUCAGCAGCUUCAUCAUCUGGAAUUUCGUUGAAUGACACGUUGAUGGCAGGACCUACCCUACAGGCUAAGCUCUUCAAUAUUUUAAUCCGUUUUCGUACCUUUGCAGUUGCUCUCACUGGAGAUAUUGGGAAAAUGUAUCGCUGUGUUCGAAUAGCCAAGUCAGACAGCUGUUUGCAAUGCAUUCUUUGGCGCGAUUCUGAUCAGGAUGACAUCAGCAUCUACAAGUUGGAUACCGUAACAUACGGUACCAAGCCCGCCGCCUUUCUAUCAGUUCGAGCGAUGCAUCAGUUGGCCAUGGAUGAGCAGUCGAAAUAUCCUGUAGGGUCUCAAAUCGUCAGACGUGAUUUUUAUGUUGAUGACUUGAUCACAGGUGGCAGUUCCAUUGAAGAAGUCGAGGAGAUUCUUAUCAAACGAAGGACUUGCUAG